AUGUCCACCGAGGGUCUCUUCAAGCCGGUCCCCGGAGUUGAACCUACCAAAGGCGGCGCCUACCUCUGGCGCUACAGCCCCAGCGUACCUGCGGCAGCCAUAUUCUUGGUACUCUUUAUGGCUUCCUUUCUCUGCAUAUCCUGGAAGAUCUGGAAGACACGUACUUAUUUUUGCAUUGUGUUUGCCAUCGGUUGCUUUUUCGAGAUGGUCGGGUAUGGCGUCCGCGCAGGCGCACACAGCAAAACAAACAAAAUCAUGCCAUAUGCCGUUCAGAACAUGUUCAUCCUUAUUGCCCCCGCCCUCUUCGCUGCCUCGAUUUACAUGGUCCUCGGUCGAAUUAUCAGAGGUCUCAACGCCGAUAAACACUCUCUUCUCAAACCAACAAAGUUAACAAGGACCUUUGUACUUGGAGAUGUACUGUCCUUCAUGAUCCAAGGCGGCGGCGCCGGCAUGUCAGUUGUACAAAACGCAAGUCUAAGUAAAUGGGCUGAAAGGAUUGUCAUACUCGGACUUGUGGUCCAGAUUGUCAUCUUCGGUCUAUUCUGCGCCGUGUCCUUGGUCUUCCACCGCCGUAUGAUCCGCGAACCAACAGCCGAGUCGAUCGGAACUAUUAUGCCCUGGGAAUCAACUCUUUAUAUGCUUUACGCUGUCAGCCUUCUUGUCAUGAUCCGAUCAAUCUUUCGAAUCAUUGAAUAUGCUCAGGGUUAUACUGGGUACUCUCUUUCACACGAGUGGACGCUGUAUAUAUUCGACACUUUGUUGAUGUGGCUAGUAACGGUUAUCUAUAUCUGGCGAUACCCAGAUGGGCUUAAUGUUAACGCUGGCCACGUCCGCUGUAACAGCACGCUUCUGGAAGAAGUCCACAACAAUAAGUAA